AUGAAGAGAUGUGUUGGCAAAAGCGAGGGACAACGUUCGAAGCGGCGAAAAUCUUGGCAACAAGACAAAAAAUAUUUUAACAAUCACCAAUGUUGGGAGGUUGUGAAGAAUUGUUUGAGAUUCAAAAUUAUUCCCAUGGGUCCAACCAUUGUGUUAAAUGAGACGCCCCUCCACGAUUCACCAGCAUCAAAUUCGCUGUUGGACUCCCCGAUGAAUCAAGGCUCACCAAUCCAAAGAGAGUUGAGGCCUAUUGGGAGAAAGGUGGCAAAAGACAAGAUAGGGAGCACUUUGAACAAUGAUUGUGCAAAAUUUUUGGAGCAAAUUGCUAUCAACGACACACUGAGAAUUGAGAAAGACAUGAAAAGAGAUAAGGCUGACAAGGCAAGAGAUAAAGCAUUUCCAAGAGAAAGGGAGUAUGCACACAAAUAA